AUGACCGACCACGGCGACAUUGAGCCACUCCUGGCGGGUGCAUCCGUGGAGCGCUCGCCGGUUUCGCGACGCACAUUCUGGAGAGUCGUCCUCUUGAGCUAUACCAUGCUAUUCUGCUCGCAGCUUUACGCGUCGUCCUUCAACACUGUUCUGUUUGAGACUCUGGAAGGCCUGCUGUGCCGCGACAUGUACGACGAUGUCGGCGACCCGUUGGCGGAUCCGCGCUGCAAGGGCGAAGCUGUCCAGUCGGAGCUGUCGCUGCUGACGAGCAUCGAAGCCAGCUUUGAGAUGAUUCCACCCAUGUUAUGCGGCAUCGUCUAUGGCCUGGUCGCCGAUGUGUACGGCCGCAGGCCGAUCCUGAUGCUGUCCACAUUUGGCGCGGUGCUUUACGGUGCUUUGGACAUCGCCGUCUGCUGGUUUCAUGACUACAUAUCCAUCAAGUUCUUCUGGGCCGUCCCCGCCGUCUACUUUUUCACAGGCGGCGCUUUGGUGUCUGCAAGUAUCAACUACACCAUCGUCACAGACAUUGUCCCAAAGUCGCAAAGAUCUGCAGUUUUCUUGGCCAUCAGCAGUGCGUUUCUCAUAGGUGCCUUCUUAAGCGCCUAUCUCGCGGCUGCACUAUUGCCUCUUGGGCAUUACCCCGCAAUGUGCGCGUUGAUCUUGAUCCAGAUUGUCGGAUUGUUCGCGGCUUGUCUGAUGCCAGAGACUAUUGCUAUUGGAGAGAAGCCACAUGAUGCCGUUGAGGAUGCGACGCCUUUCAGCAAGAAGCUCUCAGCAAGAGUUGCUGAAUUGCGCGCCCAGUCAGUCUCGUCUCUGAGAGACAUGUUCUGGGGCAGCAACACGAAGUUGACCCUAUUACUCCUCAGUACCCUCUUUACGGGCGUUGGAAAGCAAUUGGUCGGCAGCGUUAUGAAACAGUAUGCUGUCAAGCGUUAUGAGCUAUCCUGGGCAAGAGCCGGUAUAAUCCUGUCCUACGCAAAUCUCUUGCGGCUCGCACUUUGCUUUAUGCCUGGAUCUCGCGCAUCAGUCUACUGCUUAGAGCCUACAGUCCGUAGUCUUGUCGUGUCCAUGGGACGGGACGCCGGCACUGGCAGCAUUGUCUCGGCCAUGGAAGUAUUGACGGCGGUGAGCAUUGCCAUAGCGGGGCCGAUCAUUGCGGCGACUUUCCGCCUUGGCAUGAAGCUUGGGGGCGACUGGAUCGGACUGCCGAUGUACAUUGGCGGCGGGAUCAUGGUGCCGGGCGCUCUGAUCUUGUGGCUGAUGCGAUUCGAUGAAGAGAUUGCGGAAGAACUGGCCGAAGAGAGCGACGGGCUUUUGUAA